AUGCAGCUUCGUGCAUACUUAAGAAACAUAUUCAGUGUGCUGCUUAGAAUAAUUGUUACUUCAGAAAGCAAACUUCUUUAUGCCUGCAUAAAACCUUUCACACUGUUAGAAUCCAACAUGGGGGCAGGAAAUGCUCAAGGUAUAAAUAGCUUGGAGAUUUGCCCUAUUCAAUUGUCAGAGGAGCUACUCAACUUCUGGAACACUGCAAAACUGAAACACGUUGCAUGCAGUCUUCCAUUCAUGACUCCUAUUCAGCCCUUCUCCUGGCAUGCUGCAGUCAGUCCAGUACUGUAUAGCCUCUAG